AUGGCAGCCUUUACACCAAUUUUCGCGCCGUCCGAAACACGGCCCCGGUCACAGUUCUUCACUGCCGUCAAAGCCAACUUUAUCCGUGAUGCUUUCCCGCUGCAAACCUGGAUUGCCAUCGGCGCUCUCUUGCAAUCAGCACUCUUGCUGGUCCUUCCCAUACGCUUCGCCAUAAUUCCGUCCAUCUUCUACCUCAGCACCUCCCUCAUCGACGGCCUCUUCAUCUGGAGCGGCGUGCGCGCCAACCCAUAUAUGUCCGGCGUCGUGCCAGGAAAGGUCAGCGCGCAGUUCCCCGGCAGCACGGUGCCGUCGCAGAACCCAAUCAUUGUCAUCAAGCUCGCCGCCCGCAGCAACCACCCGCUCGGCGUCUUCCACCUGCACAUGCGCAAAAUCAGCACCUUCUUUCGAGACAUGAUCAAGGACCCCGACGAGCACAGCGAGCAGUACGACUAUCUCGGCGCCUGCAGCUACCUGGCCAACGAGCGCGCGACGGCCAACGAGGCCAUGAUCCUGGCCUACUUCCGCACCUACGAGGGGCUGUACAAGUGGUGCCACGUACCAGGCGGCGUGCACCGCGAGGCCUGGAGUUACUGGAACAACGACAUCAUGGGCCGCGGCAAGGCGAAGGAGGGCCGCCUGUUCAGCAUCAUGCAUGAAGUCUAUCAGAUCCCUGCCCGUAAGUGGGAGAGCAUCUUUGUCAACUACCAUCCCACCGGCCUGGGUGCCACGACGUACAAGAUCGACGUGGACGACCAGAGGAAGUGGACUAGCCCGCUGGUUGAUGCGAGCAGGGGGCUGCUGAGGAGCAGCAAAGGGCGGAUGUCACUGAGUGAGGGCAACGACCACGACAUCUACGGGGACGAUCCGUUUGCGAGCUAG